CGUACCAGGUGACCAUAUCAGUGGAUGGUAUUCUGACCACUACUGGUUAUACCCAGGAGGACUAUACCAUGUUGGGCUCAGAUGACUUCUUCUACAUAGGGGGGAGUCCCAAUACUGCAGACCUGCCCGGAUCACCCGUCAGCAACAACUUCAUGGGCUGCCUUAAAGACGUGGUGUACAAGAAUAACGACUUCAAGCUGGAACUCUCCCGGCUAGCCAUCGAGCGGGACCCUAAGAUCAGCCUGAACGGAGAUCUUGUCUUCCGCUGCGAGGACGUGGCCGCCCUGGACCCCGUCACCUUUGAGUCCCCCGAGUCCUUCAUCGCCCUGCCCAAGUGGAACACCAAGAAAACAGGCUCCAUCUCCUUUGACUUCCGCACCACAGAACCCAGCGGUCUGCUGCUGUUCAGCCACGGGCGCCCCCAGGGUCCUAAAGAGCAGAAGCCGGGUCGAGACAUGAAGUCAGACUACUUUGCUAUGGAGCUGCUGGACGGGUUCCUCUACCUGCUCAUGGACAUGGGGUCGGGGAGUAUCAAGCUGAAGACCAGUAAUAAGAAGGUGAACGACGGGGAGUGGUGCCAUGUGGACUUCCAGAGGGAAGGGAGGAAAGGGUCCAUCUCGGUGAACAGCCGCAGUAUCCCCUUCAACUCCAACGAGGGCAGUGAGAUCCUGGACCUGGACAGCGACAUGUUCCUGGGGGGUCUCCCCGAGACCCGCUCUGACCUGGUGCUGCCCCCCGAGGUCUGGACCGCCRUGCUCAARUACGGCUACGUGGGCUGCGUCCGCGACCUCUUCAUCGACGGCAAGAGCCGCGACGUGCGCCGCCUGGCCGAGAUCCAGAGCUCCCCGGGCGUUAGCAGCUUCUGCACCCGCGAGCUUCAGAAGAGGUGUAGCAGCACCCCCUGUGGGAACGGAGGCCUGUGUAAAGAGGGAUGGAACCGCUACAUCUGCGACUGCACCGGCACCGGCUACCUGGGCAGCAACUGUGAAAUCGAGGCGACGGUGCUGAGCUACGACGGCAGCAUGUACCUGAAGAUCAUCAUUCCGGGCACCAUGCACACCGAGGCAGAGGACGUGGCGCUACGGUUCAUGUCCCAACGGGCAUUCGGUCUCCUCGUGGCCACCACCUCCAAAGAGUCCGCCGACACCCUGCGGCUAGAGCUGGACGGUGGCAGGGUCAAGCUGACUGUCAACCUAGAUUGUAUCAGGAUAGACUGUAACCUCAGUAAAGGACCUGAAACGCUCUUCGCUGGCCAGAAGCUCAACGACAACGAGUGGCACAUGGUGAAAGUGGUGCGCCGAGGAAAGAACUUCCAGCUAUCUGUGGACAACGUCACGGUGGAAGGCCAGAUGACGGGUGCCCACACGCGGCUGGAGUUCCACAACAUUGAGACGGGUAUCAUGACCGAGCGUCGCUUCAUCUCCGUGGUGCCCUCCAACUUCAUCGGUCACCUCCAGGGCCUGACAGUCAACGGCGUGCCCUACCUGGACCAGUGCAAGAACGGCGACAUCUCCUACUGCGAACUCAACGCCCGCUUUGGCAUGCGCCACAUCAUCGCCGAUCCGGUGACGUUUCGAACGAAAGCAAGCUAUCUAGCGUUGGCUACUUUGCAGGCCUACGCCUCCAUGCACCUCUUCUUUCAGUUCAAGACCACCACGUCYGACGGCCUGCUGCUCUUCAACUCGGGGGAUGGCAGCGACUUCAUCGUUGUGGAGCUGGUCAAAGGCUACGUCCAUUAUGUCUUUGACCUCGGCAACGGCCCGUCGCUGAUGAAGGGUAACUCGGACAAGCCGCUCAACGACAACCAGUGGCACAACGUGGUGGUCUCCCGGGACGCCAACAACGUGCACACGCUCAAGAUCGACUCKCGCACCGUCACCCAGCACUCCAAUGGAGCCCGUAACCUGGACCUCAAAGGGGAGCUGUACAUCGGUGGUGUGGGGAAGAGCAUGUACAACAGUCUGCCCAAGCUGAURGCGUCCCGGGACGGGUACCAGGGCUGCCUGGCCUCGGUGGACCUCAACGGGAGACUGCCAGACCUGAUCGCAGAUGCCCUCCACAGGGUGGGCCAGGUGGAGCGAGGCUGCGACGGACCUAGCACCACCUGUACGGAGGACUCCUGCUACAAUCAGGGCGUGUGUCUCCAGCAGUGGGAGGGCUUCUCCUGCGACUGCACCAUGACGUCCUAUGGAGGCUCCUUCUGUAGCGACCCUGGGACAACAUACAUCUUCGGGAGAGGAGGAGCCCUCAUCACAUACACCUGGCCCCCCAACGACCGGCCGAGCACACGGGCAGACCGGCUGGCGGUGGGAUUCAGCACACAGCUCAAGGAGGCCGUGCUGGUCAGGGUGGAGAGCGCAGAGGGACUGGGAGACUACCUGGAGCUGCACAUAGAACGAGGAAGGAUCGGCGUCAUCUUCAACGUGGGAACGGACGACAUCGUCAUCGAGGAGAGCGCGGUGAUGGUGAGCGACGGCAAAUACCACGUGGUGCGCUUCACGCGCAGCGGCGGCAACGCUACCCUGCAGGUGGACAGCCAGCCCGUUAUCGAACGCUUCCCCACAGGUCGACAGUUGACCAUCUUCAACAGCCAGGCGUUCAUCAAGAUCGGUGGUGGUGGCGGCGACAAGGCCCGUCACUUCCAGGGUCAGAUCUCGGGCCUCUACUACAACGGGCUGCAGGUGCUCAAGCUGGCAGCCGAGGGCGACCCCAAUGUGCAGGCCAAGGGCAACCUGCGGCUAGUGGGCGACGUGCCCUCGGUGCUCACCACGGACACCACCAGCACCACGCCGCUGGCCGACAUGUCCACCACCAUCAUGGAGACAACCACGACCAUGGCUACCACCACCACCCGCAAGCAGCGUUCACCCACCAUGAGGGACAGUGUCACACAGAACACGGAUGAUCUGUUGGUAGCAUCUGCUGAGUGUCCCAGCGAUGAUGAGGACUUGGAGGAGUGCGAGCCUGGAAAUGGAGGUGAAUUAGUGUUGCCCAUUAUAACUGUGGACUCCCUAGACCCCCCCUACGCCACCCGCUACCCCGUAAUCCCCCCGCCCCCCACCUACCGGCCCCUCCUACCCUUCCUUGAAACUACCAAAGAGUCCCUCCCCCUGCCCAACGGUCGCCCCCCCUGCCCACUGGACCAGGAGGACUGCGAGGAGGCGGGACCCAUCGAGGUGUCCGCCUACGGCUCGGGUGAGAUGACCGAGUCGGACGACGAGGACUAUUACAAAAACUCCCCCCUCGUCACCGACAGGACGGUCCUCCCCCCUCCCCCCAACGAGGGUGGCAUCCAUAACCCCCACGACCGUCACUUCUCCCACCGGCCCCCCAACUCCCACCGCCCCCCUCUGUCCUCCACCCCCACAGCCAACCCCAACCAGCUAGGCCCCAGGCUCAACAAGCCCGGCGGCAGCAGCAGCAAAAACCCCGCUGGCAAGAUGAACACCCGGGACCAGGUGCUGCUGCCGCCCGCCCACCCCUCCUCCGACCCUGACCGCCACCGCCACGUCCCGGGCGUAACCUACCCUCCCAAUUUCCCCCAUGUGCCCACCCCAGACCCCACCUCCCCAGAGAGAGGAGGGCCUCCCGGCGCGGUAGAAGUAAUCAGGGAGUCCAGCAGCACCACGGGCAUGGUGGUGGGCAUCGUGGCGGCCGCUGCCCUCUGCAUCCUCAUCCUGCUCUACGCCAUGUACAAGUACCGUAACCGGGACGAGGGCUCCUACCAGGUGGACCAGAGCCGAAACUACAUCAGUAACUCGGCCACGCAGAGCAACGGCACCCUGGUGAAGGAGAAACAGCCGGGCACAGCCAAGACAACCACCAAGAACAAGAAGAACAAAGACAAGGAGUACUACGUCUGAGACCGGCCUAGCCAGAGACAGAGGACAAAAGGAGACGCACAGAGAGAGAGGAAGGGAGGGGGAGAGAGGAGAGGGGAGAGAUGGAGGUAGAGGAAGGAGAAAGGUAAGGCAGUAUAUGAACUGACAACUGUAAAGUAAUUAGCAAAAUCUUUGUGGGCAGAGUUUAAUUUUGUUUAGUAUGUAGGUUACAUUGCCGCCAAAAUGACCUCCUCGCUUUCCUCCUCAACCCAUUUAGAGCCUAAAGCAAAGGGAGAAAGGAUGGGAUUGGCACAGAAACGUUUUAAACGACUUAAUCAGAUCGACACAUAGUCCUAUUUUUUCCACAACUAUUCAAAAUAUUCUUGCUAUUUUUCUUCAAUACAGUAAUACUCUUUCUCACUUAGCCUUUCUUUGAGAACACAAACAGACAAAAUCUUGAUUACAAUGGCCGCCAAACCUCGCUCAAUACAGUAUAAUUUUGUGCCAACAGCCAUACCCAGAGCUCAUGCUACAACGGAGCUAGGUAAUCCAGCACCAUUUAAAGGGUAUUGUAUUGUAAAUAGCCUACGAUCAGAGUUUAAGCAUGGUGAUUGACUAUAGAGAGCCACAGGGAAGGAAGAACCACCAUCAGUGUUUGAGCAUAGACCUAUUCAUCGGUAUCAGAGGUUAAGUGUAUUGAUUCUAUCUACUAGAUGGGUUUGUAUUGGAAGUUCAAACCCCACUGCUAGCCAAGUACAUUAAUACCAAAAUACUGCCAAACAUACAGAAACUAGGUGUCAAAUCUGCCUCCUUCCCUCAUCUAAGUAUUCAAACAUCACCUCACUUGUCUCUCGUGAAGUCUCUCCCUCUUUCUCUCCCUCCUCCUCUCACUCGUGAGCAUCUUUUUCUGUCCCUGUCUAUGGUCCUGAGGAGCUGAUGCAACAUUAUUCUGCUAUGUUUCAAGCAUGUAGUAGUCAUUUCCGAAAAAAGAGAAACUUUCUGUGGGAGAAAACACAAAAAAAUGACGAUGAUAACUAGCAAACCACGUGUGAGAACAACACCUUGAACCAACCAACGGAUGCUACGUAUUACGUUUUAGCCGCCAAAACAACUACUGAGGCCAAAACCCUGGGUCGUCUUUCAGUUCUCCAGCAGAUAUCCGUACUGUGUUUUUCUUGGGGGCUCCACACAGCAUUUCCCCCUACUGAGCCCACUACCGCAGAGGAUGUGGCUCACGUCGUCACAGUCCUAUCACACACAAACCAGAAACCAACCUCCAGCAGACAACCUGACUUUGUUCUAUAUAAAUAUAUAUAUGUAUAGACGUUUCAGAGAAGAAAAAACCUAUGGACCUAACUGAGAGUGUGUCAUAAGAGGAGAAAUGCACCCUAAUGCGCGUGCAUCAGUGGACUCGGUGAUAGAUAACGAAUAGAUGAUGGACAAUUGAUACUUGACGUGAGACCGAUAUCCCCCACCAAUCCCCUUAAUCAUGCACACUAUGACCAACAUUCAACGACAGUGGGAAACGCAGUCCCACUAAGGUGGAGAUUAAAAGGAAGAGUGGGACGGUGUUUUUUUUUGUUUGCUGUUUUUGUUUUUUAGUUUCUUUCCCUGAAAAAAUGAGAGACAUUUGAUGGAAAUUGUGAAUUAAUUUGCUGGAGUCCCACUGUCGCCCCCUAGUGUUGGGGGGAACGCGUACGCUACCUUGGAUCUGCGUUCUUACCUCUCAUUGGUCAAGACUGAUGACAGCCAAUGAGGGCAAGCCCAGUGAAAAACGUUAAAUGGAAAAAACACAGAACAAGGCGAACAGCAAGUUCACUUGCUGAUGUACAACAAGAACUCUGGUAUUCCAAUUUUCUCAACUCUAUUAAAAAAGAAAACUGUACCAUGAAAAGAAAAGAAAAACCUUUAAAAAAAGUUUGUGAAAUGUCUAAAUAUUUGAAUCUCUCAUCCCAUUACUAAGAAAAUGUGUUUUCCCUAUUACCAUUCCUGUUCGGAGAAAAAAAUAUGACAAAGAUAAUCAAUUCUGGGAAAUUUCAAAUGUAUAUGUUAUUUUUUUGGUAAUUAAGCAAAUGUGAUUUGGGUUACAAACGUUAAACCUCUCCUCCAUCCCUCCUACUGCCAUCUCAAUCCAUUCUUGUCCCACGUUCAUCCCUUCAUCUCUCCAUACCUCAUCCCCUUUUCUCACAAUGGCAGAUUGUAGGUAACCAUUUAACUGAAGACCGCACAUGGUCUCAUCCAUCCUCUCUUUUCUAUUUUCUAUUGUUUUAUAUCUAUCUAUAACUGCUAGAGUCAAAAUGGCCGCCAUGUCUGGAGAAUGGCUCCAUCCCACCCAUCCUUUUUCCUCAUCCAGUUUGUCCGGUUUCUCUUUCAAUCCAUUGCAAAAAGAACCAUCCUCCUCCCAGUAUCUUCCUGUUCUUUCUAAAUGUUAUUGUAAAGUGUUCCAGUGAGAUUACUCUAAAUAUGUGUACAUUAACAGAGGGGAAUACACUUGGUUAUAUACUUCUUCUA